AUGAGCCAUGAUGCUUCACCCAACCGGACGGCGCGAAGCCGCGACGCUGCCAGAGACGACGACACAGCCACCGCCAACCAUCACAAUGCCUCCUCUCCCGCUCGCUCCCGGUCCGCAUCGCGCCAGCGCCGCAAGAAGAAGAGCAAGAAGAAGCGCAACCCGGGCCUCGCCAAGAAGCUGGGCUUCAUCACCCACCUGCUCAAGACGCUCGACCUCGUCAUCUUUGCCGAACUGAGCGCCCUCUACUACAUGGAGUGCUCCCUCUUUCGAUUCGUCGUGCGCUCGGCCGGCCAGUAUAUGUACCUGACCCCCAAAGACGAAUCGUUCCCCUUCCUCAUGCCCGCCACUCGAGUACAUGUUCUGCUAGUCUUGAUUCCAAACAUCAUUUGCAUGGCUUCGCAUCUCUUCGGCUCCCUCCCCGUCGGUCCCGACUUCCAUCGAGGGUACCAACAUGGAGGGCUCAUCAUCGACUUCAUCGGGCAAAGGCCUCCCACCUGGAGACUCUACUACUUUCUGGCCGACGUCGUCAUCCUGGUCGUGCAGUGCUUCAUGUUGACGGUGCACACGGAGCGAGAGCAUCUGCGUGCUGCGCUCAAGACCUUUCGCCCUGUCUUUCCCGUUGUGGAGGAUACGACGGCCCGAUCGACCGAGGACUUGGAUGCCGAGGAGCGAGGCGUCUUGCGGAAUGGCUCGGAAGUGGUUCAUGACGAGACUGACGGCAUCGAUCUACACCCCCUCGGCCAGCCCCGAGACGGAGGUGAGGGUAGCGGCAUGCGAGGAGAUGACUUGGCGCCCCUGCUGCCGGACGCCGCAAGUGGCGUCGCACCUGGGACACCUCUUUCCGACAUUAUGACCUCGGGCAAUGCGAUUCUAGGCGAGUACCAUGUCCUUCACUCCAUGUUAUCGGCGACAAUGGGCUUUGAGCGGACCGCUGCACACUCGCUCCAGACUAUUAGUUACGGGGCCACCAUGGCGGCAUUGCAGGCCCGGCAACAAGGCGCUUCUGUACAAAUUUCGUCACAGCGUUCGAGAGGAUGA